UGAAUGGGGCUUUGUUAGAAGAGCAAGGAAGGGAGCAGAGUGGUGGCGCAGCUCUUGUGCUGACGUGGAAAUAAGGAGCCUCAGGCUGACAAACUCUAUCUUAUCUCCCCCGCAUUCAAGGAAGGGUACCGACUUGAGGCAGACCUUGGCUACGACACGCUGACACACCCAAGCUGCAGCCUGCACUCUUCCUGCUUCUUCCUCCUUCUCACCUACGCGUACGUCUACGUCUACACACUGUUGUUUGUCUGUGUCGCUCGCCCUCACCUGCUCCAGUCACCCUUGGUCUCCGUGAUAUGCCUCUCCUCGCGUGACCUUGCCACCCUACAGUUCACGUGCUGCCUCGCGUCUCGCCACCAUGCCUGCCGCCGCCAUCAAGGGCAUCCUCCUCUCGAUCGGCCUCAUUGUCGCCCUCGGCGCUGCCGCUCUGGAGAACCCUCAGAUCCAAGCCUGGCUCGAGCAACAACGACAGAAGAUUGCCGAGCUCCUCCGCACCUUGAAUGAAGAACUCGAUCCACAGAGUCGACGCACCGCCGAGGCCUUCGCCUACGAGGGGCACACUCUCGCCAACGAUGCUGGCCUGAGGAGAGAGGCGAGCGGAAGUCUCGAAGCUGCCGCCGUAGCGACUGGCCGUAGCCUGUCGAACCCAAGCACCAUCCGGAGGAUCCCCGUUCGUAGCCCGUCUGAUGCCGACCAGGCUGAAGAGCGGAGGAGGAAGGGCAGAGAGUACCUGGCCGCCCGAAACCAUCAGAUGUACGAGAUGAAACAGAGAAAGAAGGGUGUGGUGAAUAUCGAGGUGCAGGAUGCAUCGCCCAAGCCGUCUUCGCCAACCUCUUUCGAUGAAAUGGUCGACUCACAGGGCAACCUAAGGCCCACCGCCGCAGUGAUGGAUGCCGAGGAGUUGCAGCAGCAAUUACCUGCCGUCCCUUCGGGGGAUGUGUCGAGUCAGCUUGAAGACGAGAUGAGUAAACUUCUCCAGCCAGUCUCGAUUUCAGAGGCAAGCUCCUCCGCAAGCGCCUGGCAGUUGGCCUCUCAACUCGCGAAUCCAUUUGGCGAUGAGCAUGCCUUCGAUCGAAGCGAGACACCAAAGCCCCCGGUUCCGCCCAAAGUCGCCAUCGAGGCCGACACAGUGCCGUCGACGCCUACCAUGCCCGGCAGCUUCAUUCCAAAUCCACCAAUCCAGACCCCCGUGGAGGCUGAAGUCGAUCACCGCGAAUUGCCGUUUGAUGAACAACUUGCUAUUGCCUUGUCUCUCUCCGAGGCAGAAGCACAGAAAGCGGCACUCAAGGCCGUGGAGCAGCACGAAACCCAAGAUGGACGGGAGGCCGCCGACCUCCGCGAAGCUAUCGCCUUGAGCCUAAAGGAACUCGGCUCCCAGAAAGCUGCUCCACAAGCAAACCCCGAAGAGAUAGCGCCGCCACUGAUUGACGUCUCCGUUCCUACGCAAGCUACACACCUCCAUCAGCCUACUCCGCGUGGUCAUUGGGAAAUUGUCUUUGACCAAGCGUAUUCGCCAAAAGAGGAGCCGCUGUCAAUGGCCUCACCUCGCCCUAUUGUGGAGGACUCGGAGGAUGAGCUCUAUCGAGUCACGCCUCAACUGACGCAAGCACGCCUAGCCACUCACAACUCAUUACGCCCCGCGUUCCACGGUUUGGCGACGAAGAAGCCCUACGAUCCUGUUCGCGAAGCUGCUGGAUUUGCCGAGACUCAGCGAGACACUUCAACACCACUAGCGGCCGCAAUGGAAGCGUCUUUCUACUCUGCCGCAUCCUCCGCCGGCUCGCCCGCAUCGACUCACACCAUGGAUCACGAAAUGACCCCCGAACGCAUCGAGGUAUCACAAGGCGCCCAAACUCCGGUGUCCAAACCGGCUUUCGAUACGGAUUCCGAGUCGGAAACCUUUGCUUCUGUUUCACCGCUAGCGUCGCGCUCGCAAUCUCAGACACGGAGUGAGGUGUCCAACAUAGAAGUCGUAGACGUGGUAGACGACAGUGAUGUCGACAUGCUCUCGGAGGAGGGCGACGGAAUUGCAACUCCCGACAGCUGGUCCGAAGUCGGGAGCAGAGAUGGAGAGAGCGAGAUGGAGGAGGAAGAGGAGCGGGCACGGGCGACACGGAGAAGUGUCGGGGCUAUGUGAAUAUCAUGAGUGAAAUGGCGUUUGGAGCGGUUUGGCGCUUUGGAGA